AGCAAAGCGAAGCGUGCGAGCGAGCGAACUGCGAAGCGAAGCCUCCCCCCUCUCUCACCUCCUCCCUCCGUCUUCCCACCGGGAAAAAGGCGAACAAAAAAUCGAACCCGCACGCAACGCAACGCAGGUCGCAGCGCGUGCUCGACGGGACGCCUCCACCCGCCUCCAGAUCCGGCGUCGCAUCUGCUGCCAUGAGCUGCCGCGGCGGGUGCGCGUGCUAGCCAGCUAAGGGCGGAGGCGGAGGGUGAGGGAGAGGGGGGCAGGCAGAUCCGGGGGCGGCAAAUCUGGCAGGCGCCGCGGUGGGGCUGCGGGCGCGGGGGAGGACGGGGGGCUGGGCGGACGGCGCGGAGGGCGGGGAGGGAGGGGAGGACUGCGGCAGGCUCAGGCCCUGGCGCAGGAGGCUGCUCGCGUCCAUGGCGCUCUCGUGGCCCUCGGCCGUCCGCCUCGCCGUCGCCACCGUCCUGCUCGUCGCCGUCGGCGUAGCGCUCUUCACGCUCCCCGUCGAGAAGAUUCUAAAGGAUUUUCUGGUUUGGAUCAAGGGGAACUUGGGUCCAUGGGGUCCUUUGGUGCUGGCCCUUGCUUACAUCCCUCUGACGGUCUUAGCUGUUCCAGCAUCAAUUCUUACACUUGGAGGGGGCUAUCUUUUCGGCUUGCCUGUUGGGUUUGUUGCUGAUUCCCUUGGAGCAACAAUAGGUGCAACUGCCGCAUUUCUUCUUGGCAGGACGAUUGGGAGGCCUUACGUUCUCUCCAAAUGCAAAGAUUACCCCAAGUUUCAAGCCGUAGCUAUUGCCAUCCAAAGGUCUGGCUUCAAGAUCGUGUUGCUACUGAGGCUUGUGCCUUUACUUCCGUUCAACAUGUUGAACUACCUGUUGUCUGUCACUCCUGUUGGCAUUGGAGAAUACAUGCUGGCUUCUUGGUUAGGAAUGAUGCCAAUCACCCUCGCUUUGGUAUAUGUUGGAACAACACUGAAAGAUCUAUCAGAUGUGACGCAUGGGUGGAGCGAGAUCUCAACUACUCGAUGGAUUCUGAUAAUAUCUGGCUUUGUAUUGUCUGUUGUCUUGAUUAUCUGCGUCACAAAAGUUGCAAAAUCAUCUCUGGAGAAGGCAUUGGCUGAGAAUGGAGAGCUCGACGCUGGAACCUCACAGCUUCCUGUGGUAGCCUCUCCCUCGGAUCUACAGCAACCUCUUGUAAUCAAGAUUGACACAUCAAACGAAGAUCAUGAGAAGUAAAAAGUGUUCGCAAAUUCAGAUGUACAUUCUUUGGCUGUUGAAUCUGUAGCACAAUAUAUAUACCCAUAGCUCUUGUUUGAGGCCAAUUGGGGAGGUAAAACUGUAAAAGGGUCAAAAGCAACCCCAAAAGAGAACCAGGAUGCAUUUGACUGAUAGGCAAUAGUAAUACAGUAUACACUCUGUUUAAAUCCACGUGCUACCUGGCGUGAAAAAGCAAUUGUAGUCUUUAGCGGUUCUUUGUUC